CGUGUUUAUUUGUCAUUCAAGUGGGGCCAUUUGUAUGGUGAAACAUGUGGACUGUUGUGCAAGUAUCGCAACAAAUGUUGAGGAACUCUAUAUAUUACGGCAAGUGUCACGGAAUGCGUUGCUUUCUUCGUUGUUUUGCCGAAACAACAAAGGAAACUACAAGUAGUAAAAAGAAGCGGAAGGGUAACAUAGUUUUGGAGAGUUUGCAACGAAAGCAAGUGGAAGAAACUAUAUCAGAUGAAGCAUAUCAACGAGAGUCGCAACGAAUGAAAGAAUAUUCCAAGUUUAGGUUAAAGGAACUGAAGUUGCGACGGAAGCGAGAACAGGAUCGUUUGGAAGCUAUGCGAGCUGCUAUUCUUGCUCUUCCGGAAGAAAGGAAACGUGAAGUCGAGGAGAAAGUUCUGACUCCAGUUCCUUUUGAGUUGCCACUUUUCUUGGAAACUCCCGCUAUCCCUGGAUAUGAUCCUACGCUUUCCGACGAGGCGUACCAAGAGCUCUCAGCAGAGGAAGUUGCUGUCGAAAAGGAAACUAUAGUUGUAGAUCGGAGAAGAAGGUGACGCCAUCGAAACCUUUGUUUUCUAGACUAGCACCAAAAUUCUUUUGUAAGGAGAAUAAAGAUCUAGAAUUUCUCAAUCUAUUAGAAAAAGUGUUUUCAUA